CAAGUUUGUUCCGGUACUCAGUGACGUUUUCCCGAGAAAUAUUGGCACGGCCGGUGUAUAGAGCAUCACCAGUGCUGUCAUCCGCAUAGCAAUGAAUGCUACCGGCUUGCAACAUAUCAUUGAUAUGCAGAAGAAACAGCGUUGGUGAUAGCACGCAGCCUUGUGGAACACCAGCGUUAAUAGGCUUGUAGUCGGAGCAUGCACCGUCUACAACGACCUUGAUGCUCCGAUCUGCAAGAAAGCUGGUGAUCCAAUUGCGUAAUUUCUCGGGAAGCCCAUAGGAAGGGAGCUUCGAAAGAAGCGCUUUGUGCCAAACCCGAUCGAAGGCCUUCGCAAUGUCCAGACUAACGGCCAACGCCUCCCCCUUGGACUCUACUGCCUCCGCCCAUCUAUGGGUCAGGUAGACCAGAAGAUCACCAGCUGAUCGACCCCGACGAAAACCGUAUUGGCGGUCACUAAUCAGCUGGUGAUCCUCAAGGUACCGGAUGAGCUGGCAGUUAAUAAUGGAUUCCAUUAUUUUGGAGAACAAGGGGGUGAUGGCGAUAGGCCUGUAGUUGGACGGGUCUGAGCGGUCGCCUUUUUUAGGGAUCGGGUGGACAAAAGCUGUCUUCCAUGAUUUCGGGACUACGCCUAGGGAGUAGGAGUACCGGAAAAGACGCGUUAGAACCGGUGCCAACUCUGGAGCACACGUCCUCAGCACAAUUAGGGGGAUUCCGUCAGGCCCACUCGACUUGUGGAUGUCAAGGGAGAGGAGUGCUCUGCGAACCGAGCGCUGUGAGAACCGCACAUCCGGCAUGGAGCACUCACACCGCGGGAUGGUCGGCGGUGUGUUCCCCCCGUCAUCAACAGUCGAGUUGGACGCAAAAAGGGAGCCUAAAAGGUCGGCCUUCUCUUUUGCGUCGUGGGCCAGUGAGUCGUCCUCCCUGUGCAGAGAUGGUAGUGAUGGCUUACAGAAAUUCCCUUGGACAGCCUUGGCGAGAGACCAGAAUGCACGGGUUCCCGAAGGAAGGCGAACUAGUUUCUCGCCAAUUCUGCCUAUGUGCUCUGACUUUGCCUUGGCAAUAACUCUUUUGAAGGACCUGGAGGCGAAGUUAUACUUCUUUUUGAGUGUGCUGGUGUUUACAUCCCGAGUCACCGAAGCCGCAGCCCAGGCUUGAUAACACUCCUGCUUACUGCGUAAUGCAGUCUUACAGGAGCGACCAAACCAAGGCUGAGAUCUGCCUCCGAUGGGUACCACAGAUGAUGGAAUAAAUAGUUCCAUUCCCUGUAGCACCACAUCAGUGACAGAGUCAGCAACAGCGCUGGGAUCAUCCGGCGAGAAGCAAACCCGCCCCCAUGGGUAGGAAGCAAAGAAAGACCGCAUUCCGUCCCAAUCCGCCGACCUGUAAUGCCAAACACGGCGGCAACCUGCAGAACGCAACCGCGAGGGGAGCGUGAGUGGCACCACACUCCGGAUCAGACAAUGGUCCGAAGAGCCAAGAGGGGCAUCGACGGAAACCUGAUAUCCGUCCGGAUGAGAGGUCAGCAGAAGGUCCAACAGGGAAGGUGUAUGAUCCUCAACAUCUGGAAUCCGCGUAGGCGAUGUAACCAGUUGUGUCAGACCAUAUGCCAAGGCAAAGUCAUAAACAGAUCUCCCCGCAUGAUCGGUUAAACGUGAACCGAGCCAUUCGGCGUGGUGGGCGUUAAAAUCGCCAAGGAUCACGAUCUCUGCGGAUGGGACCUGUUGUAGCAAGGAAUCUGCAGCCAUUUGGACGUGGUCGAUGAGUCGGUCUGUUUCGGCAUUACCGCUUUGGGACCUAUAGAGGCACGCGUAGACGCGCGGAUGGUCGUCGCUGUCCACGCGUAGCCAAAGGAUGGACAGGUCCGAACCUUCAAGACUGCCGAGGCGUCGAGAACAGAUGUCCUCUCUGACAUACACGCAAACUCCAGCCCGAGGCACAAAGGAGUGCUCCAAUUUGUACCCCGGGUAGGAGAGAUACGAAGUAUCAGCCGGAGAGGACACCUGCGUCUCGGUCAGAAAGAGCAAGGCCGGCUUCGCCGUCUCAAGAUGGUAGUGGACGGCGUUUAGGUUCGAGUGAAGUCCCCUGAUGUUGCAGAAAUUCACGGAUAGCGUGGCAGGGGUUGCCUUGGUCUUGUUGCUCAGUUUGCCCCGAGCAGUUUUUAUGGUGAGUAUAGAGAACCGGAGACCCUUUUUAUUGGAAAAGAGGCAUUCCAUCUUAGUCCUCAUGGAUGACAACACAUCUGCAUUAUGAUUCGCAAAAGAGGACUGUGUGGACUUUUGUCACCCUAUCCUAUAAAAAAAAAACAAUUACGGUCAUAUUGUGCUCUGUGUUAAAUGAUGAUAUCUAGUGUUGUUGUUGGCUUGCAUACUUAUUUUGAUGUUAUCUUGUAUUUACUUUUUACAACAUACUGUGUUCUAUGAAUGUUUAAUAAUGUUAAGGCAUUACUAGGAUGUUUCUUUUAAAAAUACUUCUCACCAAUGAAAUAUCUAACCACAAUAAUACAACAACAAUAAAUCAGCAGUUUUAAAUGCUGAUUUACCAUAUAUUCGGUGAUGAAGAAUAACAAAGCAGAUUAGAUCUAUUCUUAACCUCAAAGGUUGGCAUCAAAAAAGUAGUUAUAGCUGAUUAAAACUAUGAAAUAACGGUAGUUUCUUCAUGUUAAUUUAAAUUGUAUUUAGUUUAAUAGUACCUAUAUACCUAUCUAAAUCAACGUAAUUUACAAAAUAUGCAUGUGGUGCCCUCCUGUAAGUAAUGGGACACUUAGUUAUAAUAAUUAUGAUGUCAUUCCACAUGUAUUACGGUGUACUCAUUGUUGUGAGAGCCUAUUAAAAUAAAUAAAAAUAAAUGAAGGUAAACACUAUGAAGAAAGCUGCAUGUCUGAGAAAUAAAAUUUAAAUGCAUAUCUUGAGACUGGUCCUUAACUCACCAUGCUUAGGUAAUUAGACUCUUGCAUUGGUAAUAGUACGGCCCUUGAUCAGACUGUGGGACUUAAGUUGUACUUUUGUAUGGAGUUUCCACAAACAGUUGGUUAUCAGAACCUUGUUUGUCAGCAAGGUGGACCACUUACAGGUUGCUUUUACACCCACUUUUGAAAAGGGCUAAUCCAGCAGUCGAUAAAUAAAGGCUGUUAUUUAGAAAGAAAAACAUGAAAAUAUUCUUCAAUAUUUUCUUUAAGACUUCUUAAAAUUUUCAGAGACAAUUCUAGUGAUACCAACUGUGGGCAUACAAAAUUCUGUUACAUAUGUUUUGGGCCAAGAAGACAUUUUUGUGCCAUGGUCAAGUAUUGAAGAUGUUAUUAUUAAUGAAGUCAUUAAAUUGAAUAGAGUUCUGUACUAUCUUACACUUCUUGUUAAAACUGGAACAACUCAAGCAAAUCAAGAGUCUGAAGGCAUUAAGUUGAUACCAUUAUUUAAGUAUACAAAGCCGCGGCUUGUGAUGCUUGAAACAAUUUACUCCGAGUUACAAACUUUGUUGAUGGCUGCGCAGCGAGAAGGGCUUGAAGUUGGUUCCGGGGACAAACAAUAAUUAAAUUAGUUAAUUUUAAGCACAAGGGUAGGAAGCGCUAUUUUAAUUUCGUAGUGGGUGUGAUACCUGGAUUCAAACUCCGAUGACAGCGUCAUUGAAAUUAAUUCCUGAAUUAUUAUGCGCUUGUGGUGAAUGAAAACAUGAGGAAACCGAGUAACACAUAAAUAUUAAGCACUAUAUUAAUUCCGCCAACACGCACUAGAUCAGCAUGGCGGACAUUUCCAGGCUUCCCGUUUUUGUAUUAAAAAAGGAAGCACAUUUAUAAAUAGUGAAAAUGUUAUUUAUUUAAGUGGUAUUAAUAAUAAAUUCAUUAAUUUAUGAAACAUUGUCUUAAAUAUUUCUAAGAUAAUAUUAAUAUUCUUUAAGGCCGAUUUUUCAAUCCUCAAAUAAAAGUUAUUCAUAGAAUUAAAUACAACAAAGAAAUAAAAAAAUUACAAUAGUAUGUAAUAGUAGAAUAUAGUAUCAGUCAGGUUUUAAUCUAUUUGAUGGAUAACUUUUAUCUGACAAUUGAAAAAUCGAUCCCUAGUGAAUACAAUAACAUACACCG